UUUAUUAUUGUUUUCUUGAAUGAUUGAGCAGCAUUCAAAAGCCAAAAUUUGAGUAUAUUUCUAACAAUUAUGUAAUUAUUAAUAUUCCCUUGCACACAGUGCAAGUGUACACCAAGUGAUAGUAGUAAAAUAAAGCAAUAACAGCGUGAAAUAAUGUAAAUUAUGUCGAUUGAUUGUGACACCGGUUCAUCAACAAUUUGCAACAGUUCUUCCAUCAUUGAUGCAUUCAACACGUCUAUGGCCCGGACGGAGGUCUGAAUUAACCUACGAAGCCUCCGUGCACGUGGUGUGUUAAAGCUAUGAUCUCGUUGAAGUACACAUUGCAUACGUCGAAUGAACCAAGAACUUCUGCUCGGAUUAUCCAUGAUGGCGUUCCGGAAGACAACCAACAAAAGUGUCUGUAUGCAACAGUGCGACAAAGCGCCCCAUCCGCUCUGUUGCUUCACUUCUUGCCUCUGCAAGGACUCGAAGAAUGUCUCCAAAUAUAGCAAUUGCAAUGCCGACAAUUGGAGCAGUCUUUUAUCAGCAAAUAUUGACGAACACUUCGAGACUUUCUCCUAUUGAACUGACAUGAAUAUUCGAAGGCAAAAACCAUCAUGCGCUGGAAACUGCUGCUGACUCUGGUGCUGCUGAAUGUCUCGAGUGUCUGGAGCGGUGGCUGUGGGUCGGUUUUUAAGGGAAAAUGCUCCUGCGGAUAUGGAAAUUACGACAACAGUCGUCGCUACAUAGUCAACUGCACGAAUACAGGAUUCAGGGAUACUGCAGUGUUGGAGAAUCUUCCGCCCGAGACCGAAGUGGUGAUUUUCACGGGGAAUCGCAUUCCAGAGCUGCCAUGGAAUGUUUUUGGACAGAUGAAUGACCUGGAAUCCCUGACGAUAGUUGAUAUGUCCAAUAAUGGCAUUCAAGAAAUCAGAGGGAAAUCCUAUCAUCACGUCUCCAAUGUUCGACGCCUGAUUCUCAAUCACAACAAUCUCAGCAUCUCGCGGGACGACGAUGAUUUCAAUCAUCACCAUCCGAGGGUUUUCUCCAACUUCGUCAACCUCACGGAACUCCACCUGACCAAUGCUUUCGCGGACAACACAUCGGAUCAGCUUUCGGAGGAUCUGCACGACAUCUUCGUGAACAGUAAUCUCACGAAGCUGAUAAAGCUACAUCUGGAGCAGAAUGAGAUCUCAUCGUUCCGGGAUAAGCGUGUGUUCUGCGAUUUGCCAGCACUGCGUGAUCUUCAUCUGGGUGACAACAGUCUCAAGGAGCUGAACUUCAAUGUGAUGUGCUUAAAGCACUUGCGCUUUCUGGAUCUCGAGCGGAAUAAGUUCGAGAUGGUGAAGCCACGAGAUCUCGCCACUUUGGACGCUCUCCAAGCACUGCCUGGACGUGAAGUUAAUCUCGUGGUGGAUUUUAUGUACAAUCCCUUCCACUGCGACUGCUCAAUCAGUUAUCUGAACGAGUGGCUGCUGCAAACGAAGGUGGAUGCCAGGAAUCGAGACUAUUACACGUGUCGGCGCAAUGGCAAGGACUUUGACACGGAGGUCAUCCUCAGUCUGAAGAUUCAGCGCUGCAAGAAUCAAUCGCAGAGCACAAGGACAACAUCUGGUCACACGGCGACUCUGGUCUUUCUGCUUGUGGUGCUUUGCUUUAUCCUUGUGGGCCUUGUGGCGGCUCUGAUUUACGUGAGUCGCGAUCGUAUCAAUCUACGCCGAACGCUCACGCCCAUGCUCAGCAAUGUGUCGAAGAAAGUGCAAUACACUUCAAUCAAAGACGAGGAUUGCCCAGAGGUGCACGUCUAG